GCAAUUUAGCCGUAUCUCCCGCUUAACUCUCACAAGUUCCAAUCCAGUCAGGUGUUAACCUGUUUACCCCACUCUACAAACUCUGCAGUUUCUCCAACAUCACUUCUCUUCACUUUUCCCUUUUAGCCUUUCCCUUUCAUUUCUUUGAUAGCUUAUCUCAUGGCACACAAUACCACCCACAGGCGCACUUUAGCAACUUCAGACCAUAAGCCUAAAACUUCCAUUUCCAUGGAUCCCACUCUCAAAAAGCAACCUAAACCCAAUCCCUUCAACUCCAAGACUUGUCCACCACAUCCUUAUUAUUGUGUUCCCUCCAACACUAUAGACAACAUCUCCAACCAAUUUUCCCAGCUAUAUGCAAAUCAUAAAAACCUCAAAUCUUCCUUAAAACAUCCAUCUGGGCAUUCAUAUUCUUCAGAUGACAGCCAUUUAAAGCUCAAAUCUUGGACUGAUUCAGCUGCUUUUGAUUCUUCAUGUACAGCGUUGACCAAGUCAAAGAGCCAACAUGGGAUCUCUAAGGAAAGAAAAUCUGUCAAUGAAUGUUACAACAAAGACCAUGAUAUUGACAAAGAAAUUGUUGUGCAGAAAAAAGAAGUAAUCAAGAAAGUUUCUUCCCAUAAGGGGAAAGAGUUCCACAAAGAACUGGAUGUUAAAAGGGCAUUUAUCAAUUUGUCUAGGAGUCAAGAAAAUGAAAGGCUAAAGGGGUUUGAACAAGGGAUUGAUGAGAUAAAAAAGCAAUCUUUAUUAAGGAGGAAAUCAUUAUGUAGUUCACAGAUUGAGUUAGCUGAUUUCUACUCUUGUAAUGGUGUGAAAGUUGUGUCUGUGGAUAUGCCACCUUUUAUGCAGAUUCAUGUUGUCAAUUGUGCAAGAAAAACUCAUGAUAGCUUGGAGAAGUUCACCUCUAAAGCACUUGCUCUUACCCUCAAAAAGGAGUUUGAUGGGGUGUAUGGACCAGCAUGGCAUUGUAUAGUAGGGACCAGUUUUGGUUCUUUUGUGACACAUUCUGUUGGUGGUUUCAUAUAUUUUUCUAUGGAUCACAAGCUAUAUGUACUUCUCUUCAAGACUAGUGUACAAAAAGUAGAAUCUAGUUGAAAAUUCUUGAGCUGAAGUUCGUUUUAGUACAGAGGAAAAUUUUGGUAAAAAUGUGUUGUCUACUAUGCAAUUCUGUUAUUAGAUUUGCUAAGAAAAAUAGGGGUUCAUUAUCAUUGUAAUGUUGAUAAACAAAUGUACAAUGGUAUAAUUCAUCCUCUGAGGUUCAGAAAGGUAAUGGUAGAGUUAGAUCUCUUUAUAA